AUGGCAAAUCGCAACGUCGCUCAACGACCCAAUGGUGCCUCGGCCCAGGGCAAAAUUUGCCAGUUUAAGCUGGUUUUACUCGGCGAAUCUGCCGUCGGCAAAUCGAGUCUAGUACUAAGAUUCGUCAAAGGACAAUUCCACGAAUACCAAGAAAGUACAAUUGGAGCCGCUUUCCUAACUCAGACCGUCUGCUUGGAUGAUACCACUGUCAAAUUUGAAAUCUGGGACACUGCUGGACAGGAACGUUACCACAGCUUAGCGCCAAUGUACUACCGCGGUGCUCAGGCUGCCAUCGUAGUCUACGACAUUACGAAUCAGGAUACCUUCAGUCGCGCCAAGACAUGGGUGAAAGAGCUGCAGCGACAGGCAAGUCCUAACAUUGUGAUUGCUCUCGCCGGUAACAAGUCGGAUCUUGGCAACAAGCGUACCGUCGAGCAAGAGGAAGCUCAAGCUUACGCCGACGAGAAUGGCCUUCUCUUCAUGGAAACAUCGGCAAAGACUGCAAUGAACGUGAAUGAUAUUUUCUUGGCGAUUGCAAAGAAACUCCCCAAGAACGAUCAAGCUGCUCCCGGGGGCGCAUCAGGAACUGGACGACGCAUCGAUCUCAACGACAGUCAGCAGCAAUCGUCUGGUGGUUGCUGUAAAUCAUAA